GACAAUAUAAUAUUUAAAGUUUCAAAUGGAAUCUUUGCACCAGAUGGAUGCUCCACAUGAAGAAGUGGAUACGAAAGACCUGAUGAGUAAAAAACUGGCAGAGCUUAAAAAGAGAGAAAAACAGAUUCAGAAAGAUUCAGCAAGAAUUGACACUCAAAUCUGUGUUAAUCUCUAUUUAAACAUCAAGAAGUUUAGACGAGGAUUUCAACCAAUUUGGGAUCUUUACUUCGAGGUUAAUCUAUCCAGAUAUUGAAAAAUACUAAAGCAGUUAUCUCGUUUUGUGAUGCCUCCAGAAUCAAAAUUUUCAUUUUGUAAUCAACCCUUGGCAGGUUGCCAUGUGAAAGAGUUUCUAUCCAAAUCCAUUCCACCCAGGAUUCAAGAGAUUUGUGCUACUAGUAGUAGAUUUGAUAAAUCACCCUCUUACUUCAAUUUGAUUCUCCGUGCCUGUAUGUACACAAUAGCAGAUGCUAGCUUAGAUGGUUUUAAAAACCUGAACAUGAAGCAACUCAAGAGGAUGUUCUCAGCCAAUAAGCAUACAAAAUCACUAACAAUUUUCAAUUGCUCGCUUCGCCUUCCAGCUUGCCCAGAUUUUUCAGAUUGAUUCAGAGGCACAACUCUGUCCGAACUUAAAUUAUGUUAUAUUAAAGUGGAAAGCAGAAAUGAGGAAGAGGAGCACUUACAUGAGCUAGAUGGACUGAUCUCAGGCUUAUCUAAAUCUCCAGAUCUUCAUAAAAGCAUCAAGAUAAUCCAAAUUUUCCCCUCUGGAACAUUCAAAGAGCAAAGCAACCAAACCCUGGUGAAAUACGGGUUUCCCUUUUAUUAAAACUGACUAUACUCUU